UUGGCUCCCCUAAGUAGCUAGCAGUUUUCUUCACCUCAGUUGGUGCAGUAAUGGAAGAUAGAGGAGGCCGAGACACCAACAGUCCAAGCCAUGGUUCUGAGAGAAGUGAACCAGUGAGGUCAAGGUGGACUCCUAAGCCUGAGCAGAUCCUCAUACUUGAAUCCAUCUUCAAUAGUGGGGUGGUUAACCCUCCUAAGGAUGAGACUGUAAGGAUAAGGAAGUUACUUGAGAAAUUCGGAACUGUUGGAGAUGCUAAUGUCUUCUAUUGGUUCCAAAACCGCCGAUCAAGAUCUCGCCGCCGUCAACGCCAGUUGCAAGCCGAGCUUGCCGGUGAUACCCGAAUUCCGAUUGUAACUACCUCUGGUGCAAUUCAAUAUCAUGAACCCACUUCCUCUGCUGCAUGUUUUGCUACUACUUCUUCUUCUUCUAGCGUCUCUGUAUCUCCAGCUCCUUCUUGUUUUAUUGGUUCUUCUUCUUCAUCAUGUGGAGGGGAUGAUGGUAUUGAUGAUCUCUUUUCCUUCUCUCAUCAAAUGGGUCUUCCAGAGAUAGACCAAAGCUCCACUGUUACUCCCAUCUGGUGCCCAUCUAAUACUUCCCAUCUGCAAUAUCAAUCUGAGUUCAUAACAGUGUUCAUCAAUGGGAUUCCAACUGAGGUUCCAAGAGGACCACUUGAUUUGAAAGCCAUGUUUGGUCAAGACUUAUUGUUGGUGCACUCCUCAGGCGUUCCUGUUCCUUUCAAUGAAUUUGGAAUUUCAUUGCAGAGCUUGCAGCUUGGUGAAAGCUAUUUCCUGGUCUCAAGACCCAUUUAAAUAGAAGCCCAAGUUGCAGCCACCAAUGGGAGCUUCCUCUAUCUGGAUUCAAGACUCUUUA